CAGUUAGGUGAUUAUAGUAGCACGUUACUACUGCUCGCAGUAACAAACGCGAAUGUUAUCAGAGUUGUUUCUUUCUUAUCAGAAAGCGUCAGGUUUGUUUAUUUAUCGCUGGUCCUGUAAUGGCGGAAGAGAAGAUGACGAGGGAUGAAGCAUUGGCACGUCAGGGCUACAGACACGCGUGUCACGUCAUGCUGUAUGGAGACUCCAGUGCCAAACUCUUCGGAAAAAUCCCAAUCAAACAUAUAGUUCUGAUGCAGAUGCGCUUUGAUGGCUUGCUGGGCUUUCCAGGGGGUUUAGUGAACCCGUCCGAGGAGACGCUGGAGGCGGGGCUUAGCAGAGAGCUUCAUGAAGAAGUGGGCGUGGCUGUGCCGGUGGGCGUGGACGACCACAUGUCCUCCUGUGUAUCUUCAUCAUGCCCUCGUCUCAUCACACACUUCUACAUCAAGAAGAUGACCGAGGCAGAGCUGAAAGAGAUAGAGAGAGCGGCUGUAGCCAAAGCCACAGACCACGGUUUAGAGGUAUUGGGUAUGGUGCGUGUGCCGCUCUACUUCCUGAAGAAGGGAGGUGGUCUCCCCUACUUCCUGUCCCACUCGUUCAUCAGUAACUCUCGGGCGCAGCUGCUCUCUGCCCUGUGCCACUGCAGGCUGCUGUCCCAUGGGGAGCUGGAGGAGGCUGUAAGGCAAGCGGAGCAGAUGAGACGCACACACAGCGAUGAUCCUCGCUGACAUCAGUUUACACAGCGGUGCCUUUUCACCCUGUGGCCAUUAUUACAGCUACAUCACAUUAGCCCAACCCUACUAGAGCUACUAGAAACUCCCUCUUGUCCUCACACUGCCCUCAGUUCCUCAUCCGGCCAUGUACAGCGUGUUCUCUCUGUAGAUAUCCUAACAUUUCAAGACCCUACAUUCACUUAAUAGACCUUUUUGUUUGACUUAUUUGACAAUAUUUUCUGUUUUACGCUACUAGUGAAUCACUAGAGAAAUCAAAUACAACUAUACAUUAACUAUUUAAAUUGUUAAUAAUGCGAAUGCGUAUGAUUUGUGUGUGCAUAUGUGUGAUUUAUUAUUUAUGUAGGUGCAUAUGAGUUACCUGAUUGUUAUUCUUAUGGUGUUUGCUACUUAAAUUAGUUCUGUUAAUGAGAGAUAUGUGCACAAAGAAUUGAGCAUGCUGGUUGGGCUAAUAAACAGCAUAUAAGAUUU